CUCGCAAGUCCAUAUAUAACGGCAAGAGGCUAGAGUGCAACGGUUGAAUUUCGGCUAUGGCGGAUUCGUCGGUAGGACCGUCGAGUUUCUGCACUCAGGCGAAUGCUUUGCUGAGGAAGAAUCUGAUUUUUCAGAAAAGAAACAUCAAGACAAAUAUUCGACUUGUUGCUUCACCAGUUUGUAUUUGUAUUUUGCUUCUUAUCAUGCAAAUUGUGGUGGACAAUGAAUUAGACCAGCCCUCAAGAAGGUGUGGGUGCACUUGCGUGGAUACUGAAGGGAGUGGUCAAUGUGAACAAAAGUGUGGGAUUGAAUACUCAACUGCAGAACAAGCGCGGCGUUGUUCCAUUCCUCAUCCCCCCACAUGGCCUCCGUUAUUACAAGUACCUGCACCACAAUACCGUGCUGUGAGAACUGAUUAUAUAUCAUAUGGAGACUUGCCAGAUGAGAGAUGCAGGAGAACGGGUUCCUGUCCUGCAACCAUGCUCAUUACAGGAGAAAACCAAACAUUUGGACAACGUGUGGCUGAGAGCUUCUUUCCAAAACAAUUAAGUAUAAAUGCAUCUGAUAUGCUCUACAGCUUAGCUCUUAAUGUGCUGGGUUCAGAAACAAUGACUGAGAUUACAAACUUUCUUGAGCCUGCUUUUAUAUCAGAUACUCCUGUUGAUUAUCUCCAACCUCAAUGUACAUCAACUGCUGAUAUUUCAUUCCCUAUCAAUUUUGGCCCUGCUACAAUUGAACAAAAAUUACGCUGUGUUCGAGGUUUGACUUUGUGGCGAAAUAGUUCUUCAGCUAUCAAUAGUGAGGUGUACAAGGGUUAUCGUACAGGGAAUCCAGAGAAAAAGAUUAGUGAGAUUUUAGCAGCUUAUGAUUUUAUGAAUUCAAAUGAGAAUCUAUUCAAUGUGAGCAUAUGGUACAACUCUACGUAUGAGAAUGAUACAAGCAGAAAUCCUAUUGCUUUGAUGCGGUUGCCUCGGUCUGUAAAUUUGGCUUCAAAUGCAUAUCUUGAAUUUUUGCUUGGACCUGCGACAAAAAUUCUUUUUGACUUUGUGAAAGAAAUGCCAAAACCUGGAACAAGACUCAGCCUCGAUUUUUCUUCUCUUCUAGGGGGGCUUUUCUUUACAUGGAUUAUAGUACAGUUGUUCCCGGUUAUACUUACAUAUCUGGUCUAUGAAAAGCAACAGAGACUGAGAAUUAUGAUGAAAAUGCACGGGCUUGGCGAUGGACCAUAUUGGCUGAUAUCUUAUGCUUAUUUUCUUGUAAUAUCAUUAAUCUACAUGCUUUUCUUAGUAAUAUUUGGCUCAGGCAUAGGUUUGAAAUUUUUCACACUAAAUGCCUACAGCAUCCAAUUUGUGUUUUAUUUCCUCUACAUAAACUUGCAAGUCUCGUUGGCUUUUCUUGUAGCUGAUUUCUUCUCAAAUGUGAAGACUGCUUCAGUUGUUGGCUAUAUGAUGGUAUUCGCAAGUGGCCUUUUGGGUGGCUUCCUUUUCGAACCCUUUUUGCAGGAUCCUUCAUUCCCAAGAGCUGGGAUAAUUGCUAUGGAGUUGUUUCCUGGAUUUGCUCUUUAUCGUGGGUUAUAUGAGUUCGCUCAGUCAGCCUUUGAAGGAAAUUAUUUGGGAACAGAUGGAAUGCGGUGGAAAGAUGUAAUGAAGAGCAACAGCGGAAUGAGAGAGGCCAUGAUCAUCAUUGCAGUAGAAUGGGUAGUCGUUCUUGCUGUUGCUUGUUAUGUAAAUCAGGUAAUGUCAUCAGGACGAAGUCCUCUGUUUUUCUUGCGGCGACGCCGGAAGAAUCUCUCAUCAUCCUUCCGGAAACCAAGCUUAAAGAGGCAGGAUUCAAAGGUUUUUGUUCAGGUGGAUAAACUUGAUGUUGAUAAAGAGCGGGAGAAGGUCGAGCAGUUGCUACUUGAAUCAAGUACAGAUCAUGCCAUCAUCUGCGAUAAUCUGAAAAAGAUCUAUCCAAGUAGAGAUGGCAACCCGGAAAAAUUUGCAGUUAGGGAGCUCUCACUUGCUUUACCAUAUGGGGAAUGCUUUGGCAUGCUCGGUCCAAACGGUGCAGGCAAAACCUCAUUUAUUAAUAUGAUGAUUGGACUCAUAAAGCCUACCUCUGGAACUGCAUACAUUCAAGGGAUGGAUAUACUAACCAAUAUGAAUAGAAUAUACACCAGCAUGGGCGUGUGCCCCCAGCAUGAUUUGCUGUGGGAAACAUUAACGGGAAGGGAGCAUCUCCUUUUCUACGGGAGGCUUAAAAAUCUCAAAGGCGCGACUCUAACGCAAGCAGUGGAAGAAUCUCUCAAGAGUGUGAACUUGUUCUAUGGUGGAGUGGCAGACAAACAAGCCGGAAAGUACAGCGGAGGCAUGAAGAGGAGGCUCAGCGUUGCCAUUUCACUCAUUGGAGAUCCAAAAGUGGUGUACAUGGACGAACCAAGCACCGGACUCGAUCCGGCCUCAAGAAACACGUUGUGGAAAGUCGUAAGACAAGCGAAACAAAACCGAGCUAUAAUUCUCACAACGCAUUCUAUGGAAGAGGCGGAGCAUUUAUGCGAUCGCUUGGGAAUAUUUGUUGACGGCAGUUUGCAAUGCAUUGGAAACCCGAAAGAGUUGAAGGCGAGGUAUGGGGGAUCAUAUGUAUUUACAAUUACGACAUCCCCGGACCACGAGGAAGAAGUCGAAAGAUUAGUGCAUCGCCUAUCUAGGAAUGCGACAAAGAUAUACCAAAUAUCGGGCACACAAAAGUUUGAACUGCCAAAGAAUGAUGCAAAAAUAGCGCAAGUGUUUGCUGUUGUCGAGGAUGCAAAGAGCCGGUUUGCUGUUCAAGCAUGGGGUCUUGCAGACACUACAUUGGAGGAUGUCUUUAUUAAGGUUGCCCGAGGGGCGUCGGCCGGUGACACCCUCUCGUGAUUAUUGUGGAACCGUAGCAAAUUUGUGGAUUAUAUUUACAUAUAUUCGCGGAAGUAUAUAGAUACAUAGUUUUCAUUACAUGGACAAGUUUAAAACAUCAUUGGAUUCGCACAUAUAAAUUAUGUGCAUGGUUGUAUACUUGUAUGCUUUUAUACAAAUAUUGUCUCCGAGAUAGCCAUUUAAAUACAUUAAAAUAAUACUCUCUCCGUCUCA